GCGGGCUGCGGCGGAAGGGGCGGGCGUCGGCGGCGUCGGCAGCAGCAGCGUGGUGCCGCCAUGGCCCGCAAGAAGAAGCGUUCGGGCGGCCGGGACGGGCGGCUGGUGGUGACUUUCGACGAAGAUAAGCGGAGGGAGUACCUGACCGGUUUCCACAAGCGGAAGGUGGAGCGGAGGAAGGCGGCGCUGGAGGAGAUCAAGCGGAAGCUGAAGGAGGAGCAGAGAAAGAUGAAGGAGGAGCGGCACCAGGAGUAUCUGAAGAUGCUGAGCGAGAGGGAGGAGGCGCUCGAUGAGGCUGAUGAACUGGAGCACUUGGUGACAUCGCAGACAGAGUCUGUGAACAUUGACCACCCAAACCACAUUGUAACAGUGACCACCACCAGUGACCUGGACCUCUCAGGGGCGCGCCAGCUGGGACUGACCACUCCUGUGGGAAAAAAUGAUGGAUCGGAAGAAGAGAAAGGGGAGGAGGUGAUGAACAAGCCUGUAAGAGCAAUGCCCAAGAAGUCCAGAAACCCAUUCCUUUCUGAAAAGAUCUCUUCUCUUACUGCCACGCUGCACAUGCACAGCCGGAAAAAGACAAAAGGAAAGAGACCCCAACGUGGGCAAGGCCCACACAAGAAAAUCCAGAAAUCCAGCUCAGGGCGAACCACUAAGACACAGCGACGGAGGCUGACAGGGAAAAUGGGCCGUGACCAAGAUUAACAGAGAAACUAGUGCUUGGACCAGCAGUUGAGACAGUGUUCCACAUCUGGCCUGCUGCUCUUUGGAGCCCCUUGAUCAUGGUCAAGGGCCUCGUUUACUUGGUUUUCUGACCAGCAGUGAGCCCAUUUCAGCCUUUCUCUCACCUGUGAGCACUGGCCGGGGCAACUAGACACUUUACCCAUUUAUUUCUGCAGUGAUCUCCACCUAAGUGUCUGGGUGCCAUGAUGUCUCUUAACUUCUACUGAGGCUCAGAUUCUCUGUUUGGCAUAAUCCUUCCAUCCUUGGGUCUCCCCUUCCAGAGCUGAUACUUGGCUUUAUCAAAGGACAUGAUCUGGGGCUGAGUGCAACAGGCACAUUGUCAGGGCACAUUGUCAAGAGCUCCUCUUCAACUCAUGCCGGCAGUACCCUGACAUUUCUGCUGUGUAGCAAAUCAUUUGUCCAUGGAGACAUGGUGUUGUCUCAUGUUUCUUCUCCAGUGCCAAACCUGAAUGUAGGGGUACUUUUUCUUUGGUACCUUUGCCAGGUGAAAGUUGGUAACUUUGUGAAUAAAUUUUUUAUGAAGUCGUUUUGCUAAGAGAAAAA